GAUGGGGUACGCGCUUGCGCUAAAGGCAGGUUGGAGGAGUCUUCGCUUUCGCCACUGCUAGGGUAAUUCAGGAGAAGAAAGAUGAGUUUCAUCUGUGGACUGCAAUCUGCUACUAGAAACUGUGUUUCCUUCCGAUUUCACUCGCUGACAAGCUGGAGACUGUGUCCCGCACUAGCUGUGACCUCACCAGCCUGUCGUCAAGGUCAAAGUACUCAUGCAGUUACUAGGAAUCAGGGUCUGGGAGUGCAUCAGUGUGAUAGGUUGACUUCUCUGCCUAAAAAUUUGUAUUCCUAUAGGACUCUUAAUACCAAAAGACCAGGAUGCCUUUUGAACGUGAGCCGUAAAGAAAUUUGGAUGGUUACCCCAAAAUGUACUGCAUGGAAGGACUCUUUUUCAAGAUACCUCCUGAUAAAUGAAGUUGCAGGAGCUCCGGCUCUCCCAGUGUUAGAUCCUCUGAAGUGUCUUCCCAUAAGAGAGAGGGACAUCAGGAGUUUCCACACUUCCCCUCGGUGUCAAGCUGCUCCGGUUCCUCUCUUGUUGAUUAUCCUUAAACCAGUGCAGAAACUAUUUGCGAUCAUUGUAGGCAGGGGCAUAAGGAAAUGGUGGCAGGCUCUUCCUCCUAACAAGAAGGAACUAUUUAAAGAAAGUUUAAGAAAGAAUAAAUGGAAGUUAUUCCUUUGUUUCAGUAGUUGUGGAUUGCUCUUUGUAGUGUUUUAUUUUACUCACCUGGAAGUGAGUCCGAUCACAGGAAGGAGCAAGCUACUAUUACUGAGGAAAGAACAUUUCAGACUUUUAUCAGAACUGGAAUAUGAAGCAUGGAUGGAAGAGUUUAAAAAUGACAUGCUAACUGAGAAGGAUGCCCGAUACCUAAUGGUUAAGGAAGUGGUUUAUCAUUUGAUUGAAUGCAAUAAAGAUAUUCCGGGGAUCUCUGAGAUCAAUUGGACUAUUCAUGUGGUUGAUUCCCCAGAUGUAAAUGCUUUUGUGCUUCCAAAUGGACAAGUGUUUAUCUUCACUGGGCUUUUAAAUAGUGUGACUGAUGUUCAUCAGCUUUCCUUCCUUCUGGGCCAUGAAAUAGCACAUGCAGUACUUGGGCAUGCUGCAGAAAAGGCUAGCUUGGUUCACUUACUGGAUUUCCUAGGUAUGAUUUUUCUCGCAAUGAUUUGGGCUGUUUGUCCUCGAGAUAGUUUGGCACUUUUGGGCCAGUGGAUACAGUCUAAACUGCAGGAGUAUAUGUUUGAUAGACCAUACAGUAGAACAUUGGAGGCUGAAGCUGACAAAAUUGGAUUGCAGCUUGCAGCAAAGGCUUGUGUUGAUGUCAGAGCCAGUUCAGUGUUUUGGCAGCAGAUGGAAUUUGCAGAUAGCCUCCAAGGUCAUCCCAAGUUGCCAGAGUGGUUGUCCACACACCCUUCUCAUGGAAAUCGAGCUGAGUACUUGGAUAGGCUCAUACCUCAGGCCCUUAAAAUUAGAGAGAUAUGUAAUUGCCCACCACUUUCUGGACCAGACCCUCGAUUACUGUUCAAACUCAGCAUGAAGCAUUUUCUUGAAGAAUCGGAAAAAGAAGACCUAAAUAUCACUGCUAAGAAACAGAAAAUGGAUACUCCUCCCAUUCAAAAUCAGAAGCAAAUACCCUUAACAUAUAUAGUAGAGAAAAGAACUGGCAAGUAAAUUAAAAUUCAUGAGCACGGGAUAUAUGAAGAAUACAGCAGUCCUUAUUUUUAUGUUCCUUUUUAAAAAAUAAUGUUUAAAAUUAAAAAAAUGUAUAUUCAGGGUCAAAUCAUGUAUAUUACAGGUAUUAUCUAAAUUCUUCUACAAGGUAUUUUCAUGAAAUACUGAUGUAUUUUAAUCUGUUUUAAAGUAUCUUCAAUGAGGAAAAUGUCACAGAAUACAUUUAUAUUACAUUUUA